CAUUCGCACGACACGCACCAAGCUCUUCGUUCCGAGCUAGCUAGCUUUCCAACAAGCAAUCCAAGGUACACUAUGAGCUUGGUUGCGGCGCCAAUGGCGAUCGUUGACCUGGCCAACACCCAGCUUCAGCAGCAAGCGACAGAAGAAGCUGUCGAUCAGGAGGAGCUGUCGUACAGUAGCCUGAUGAAAGGCGUGCGGCACCUCUCCGACAGCGGCAUUACCAGGCUGCCCGACAGCUACGUCCUGCCCGCACCCGACCGCCCCCGUAGCAGCAGCGGCGGCGGCAGGGUCAGGCUCCCCGUCGUCGACCUCGCCUGCCUCCGCGACCCCUCCCGGCACGCCGGCGCGCUGGCAACGCUCGACGCGGCGUGCCGGGAGUACGGGUUCUUCCAGGUGGUGAACCACGGCGUCGACGGCGGGGUGAUCUCCGGGAUGCUGGACGUGGCGCGGCGCUUCUUCGAGCUGCCGCUGGCCGAGCGGGAGCGGUACAUGUCGCCGGACGUGCGCGCCGCCGUGCGGUACGGCACGAGCUUCAACCAGGCCAGGGACGCCGUGCUGUGCUGGCGCGACUUCCUCAAGCUCGCCUGCAGCCACCCGCUGCGCGACGUCGUGGCGUCGUGGCCGCGGGAGCCCGCGGACCUGAGGGGCGUCGCGUCCGCGUACGCCGCGGCGAGCCAUGCCCUGUUCAUGGAGCUCAUGGAGGCGGCGCUCCAGGCCCUGGGCAUCGCUUCCGGCGGUGUGCUGGGGGAGCUAGCGGCGGGGUCGUCGCACAUGAUGACGGUGAACUGCUACCCGGCGUGCCCGCAGCCGGAGCUCACGCUGGGGAUGCCAGCGCACUCCGACUACGGCCUCUUCACCUUCGUGCUGCAGGACCACGUGGAGGGGCUCCAGGUCAUGCACGGCGGACGAUGGCUCACCGUCGACCCGAUCCCGGGAUCCUUCGUCGUCAACGUCGGCGACCACCUAGAGAUCUACAGCAACGGGGCGUACAAGAGCGUGCUGCACCGUGUGCGCGUCAACUCGACGCGGCCUCGCAUCUCGGUGGCGUCGUUCCACAGCCUGCCGGCGGAGCGUGUGGUCGGGCCGGCGCCGGAGCUGGUGGACGAGGCCGCCGGCAACCCGCCGCGGUACAUGGACACCGACUUCGCCACCUUCCUCGCCUACCUCGCCUCCGCCGACGGCAAGGACAAGACCUUCCUCCAGUCAAGGAUGCUCGCCCUAUAGCUUAAUUUGGUACCGCAUAUAUAUAUAAUUAUUAAUUGCUAGCUUAAUUAAUUCUUGCUUAUUAACUAUUACUGGUAUUUUUGACAAAUAAAGUUAGUAGCUCAGCGUGCGUUGACUUCUUGCAUUAUUGGUUUUCAUUCGAUCGGCUAGGAAUAAUAUGUACUGUAUAUGAAACGAGUACGUACGUAAUUAACGUACUCAAUGAUGUAUUGAGAGUGAACUGAAUGAAUGAAUGAAUGAAUUGUAACUACAUAUAUAUGUUCA